CGGAGGAUCGACGGUCAGUGACCGGGCCCCGGCCGGGAAGCCGCGGCAUUCGUGCUUUCGUGGGCCGGCGUUAACCACGUGCACGUCCGAAGAAGCGCCAUGGAAACACGUGGCCUCGGUCGUAGUCGGUGCAGUUCGCUUCCGUGCCCGGAUACCCAAGUGCAGUGCGCGUAACCGAGCCCCUUGUGCCCGGAGCCGAGCUACCGCCAAACACCGUAAACUUUAAAUAUUGAAAAGCGCUGAAUGUUAGUAAUUUUGUGAAAAACGAAAGAUUCUUUCGUCCUGAUCCGAAAAGUACAUUUCCGGAGUGUUGAUUUUGUGUACUUGCUGCUCUCUUGCUCGACACGUGAGUGUGGGUGACUAGCGCAUGGUAAUGGAUUAUGGGUGAACGAUGGACGUGUUCAAGAUAGACCAGUCGCUGAGUGCGAACCUAGGCAGUGCUCCGCCGCCGGAUAAGUUGAACGCGGAAGUUUCGUUCGACGCGGGAUCCGAGUUCAACCUGAGUUUCUUCGACGGCCCGGAGGAUAGUGCCCAAGGGUUCAGCGACCCCGGUUCCGUCGGCUCCACCUCAGUGUCCUCCCCAACCCCCGAAACUCCCUCGUCCCAGCUGGUCGCCGUCUCCAGCGUCUCACCACCCUGUCCGGCCCUUCUCCAACUACCCUCGCCGGGCGCCACCCCCGGCUCCGGCAAUGGCGCCUCUCCCGCCGGAGGAACCCCGGCUCCGCAGUCCGUUCAGGUCAAGCAAGAGCAACACUAUGUAGCUGCAGAUUCGAACAGCUCGACACCCACCAAGUCAUUUGUACCUUGCAAAGUUUGCGGCGACAAAGCCUCAGGCUACCACUACGGAGUAACCUCCUGCGAAGGAUGCAAGGGGUUUUUUAGGAGAAGUAUUCAAAAGCAGAUUGAAUAUCGCUGCCUCCGAGAUGGAAAGUGUCUGGUCAUCAGGCUCAACCGGAAUAGAUGCCAGUAUUGUCGAUUCAAAAAGUGUCUCGCUGUCGGCAUGUCAAGAGAUUCGGUGAGAUAUGGGAGAGUUCCGAAGAGGUCUCGAGAGCGCGGUGAGGGGAGUGACGUGCGGGUGACGACAUCGGACUCGUCUUCGGACCAGUCCUGCGACAUCGACAACAAGCACCUAGCCAUCUAUGACGUCAUACUCACCGUCUCACAAGCAUAUCAAUCCAAUUGUGAUUACACCGAGGAGCAGACGAAAACACUCACAAGAAAACCUCUAGUUUCACAUCCAUCACCUGUAUGUUCAAGUCCUGAAGUUGCAUCUUCAACGGCUGAUAGUAAUUCAAAACAAAGAAUCUGGCUGUGGCAGCAAUUUGCAACGCACAUGACUCCCAGUGUCCAAAGAGUAGUCGAAUUCGCGAAGAGGGUUCCAGGCUUCUGUGAUCUUAGUCAAGACGAUCAACUUAUUUUAAUCAAAGUUGGUUUCUUCGAAUUAUGGCUUGGUCAUGUCUCGCGGUUAACAUCAGAGUGCUCGCUCACGUUCUCUGACGGCACCUAUGUGACGCGGCAGCAGAUGGAGCUCAUGUAUGAUAGUGAAUUUGUAUAUUCAAUUUUUCAUUUUGCCAAUUCAUUCAAUGCUCUAGCACUGAAUGAUACGGAACUAGGAUUAUUUUCAGCCGUUGUUCUUUUAACCUCUGACCGGCCUGGGGUUACGGACUUGAAAGCCAUCAAACAGCAUCAAGAUAGGCUUUUAGAUGCUCUUAAACUCCAGGUCGGAAGAAAUCAUGCCAACGAACCACAAGUGUUGUCAAAUGUUCUACUAAAAUUACCGGAGCUACGAAAUUUAGGUGCAAAACAUUCCGCUCAUUUAGACUGGUUUAGAUUGAAUUGGGAUAAACUGAGGCUGCCUCCUCUCUUUGCUGAAAUCUUCGACAUUCCUAAGUGUGAAGAGGAUCUCCAGUGAAUGGAGGCAAUUCUAAUUUUUUAUGUUCUUCUCUUGCUCAACUUUGAGGUAGGUGUUAUAUUUUAUCUCUGCAAUACUAAUUUCUAUGAUACUUUUUCUAUAUUAUAGCAAAUACGUACUUAUUACUGACAUACAGUACGAUCUAAGUACUUUGUAAACAUAUCAUUACUAUUAGAAAAUUCUCUUAAUUACCUAAGAAAUACAAUCGAUCUAUUCAUUCAAUCAAACUCAACAAUCAUUCACAAAUAUUCUUGUUUUGUAUUAUUGUUCGUUUAUUCGUUUCAAUCUUUUUGUUAAUCUUUUUGUUCAUAGUUAAAUGUUCCAUUUCAAUUAUUAUUUUUUC